GAGGCCGCAGCGCCAGGGAGCUGCGAUUCACCCUCCUUGGAGACCACCACCUCGCGGGAGGCAGCAUUGAACAGCAGGUUGGGAAAUUUUCUUGCAUUGCAGUGGGCUACGGAACAAGCCUGUCGCAACCCAAUUCUGUUGCAAAUAACUCUGCUGCAUUUCCCCGCUUUUCUUCUCCCCAAUUCCCACUCAAUCUCAAGUUGACAGCCCUCAAAAGUUGAAGCAGCCAACCCCAGCGACCCGGGGCAACGUGGAACGGAUGUCCUAGCAUGACGCCUCAAUUUGCUGAUCCUUUAUUCCAUAAUGAAAUCCCAUCCCGUCAUCGCUCCAGGCGACCACAAGGCGUACAUGGCCUACGCAGUUGAGAAGGCACGGCUGUCGCCCCCAUCGCCGUCCAAGUUCUGCGUAGGGGCUGUGCUCGUCGAUGCUGAUCGAAAUGAAGUCCUCUCCACUGGAUACUCGGAGGAACUGCCUCGCGACCGACCUGGCGACCCCGGCUCAACGCAUGCCGAGCACUGCUGCUUCAUCAAGGUAGCUGACAAGCAUGGAAUCCACGACUUCGACAUCGCCGAGGUCUUGCCGCCGAACACAGUCCUCUACACCACCAUGGAGCCGUGCAAUGAGCGAUUGAGCGGUAACAGAACAUGCGUCGAGAGGAUUCUGGGCUUGGGCAACGCUAUCAAAAUUGUGUACGUCGGUAUUCGGGAGCCCGACACUUUCAUCAAGCAGAACAACGGAAUCGAGCGACUGGAAAAGGCUGGGAUCAAGGUGGUGCUACUGGAUCAGGACCCGGGACUUCGAGCACUCAUUUGGGAUGCAACCUUUGCCGGGCAUGAGAAGCAGGGCUGACACCGAGAAGCAUGGAAUCACUGGAGUUUAGACGAGGAAUUUACGGCAUAGAUGCUUAGCAGAUCCCAAAUCACUAAGAACAUGAUGCCAGGUUCUUCUCUCCACAUUUCGUACUUCUCAUUUACCUUCCUGAGAUUUCUCCUUCCCCGGCAUUGAGAGAUUCAGUACAGCCGUUUUAACUGCCGAUUUCUCAGGAGUGGCCGCUUGGGGAUCGUGUACGUCCCCACGUCGAGAUAUGCAGCGGCGCUUAGCGAAUGGUCAUCGAGCGCCACAGCAGCCGCUUCCCAAUGUCCCACAGCAAGUUCCCGAUUGGAUGAAAGCUCACCCCUGGGUCGAGCUGGCUUCGAUCAUUCUAGACCUCGAGCAACAUCCAGGGUCACGUUUCCUCGCGAGUCUCCUGCAGCUCCCGCGGCCCCAUCACGGACCAGUACACAAGUGACG